CAAAGAAAGAAGGGGAAACGAUACUAUGUGAUAUUUUAAAACUCCUCCGCCUUCACACCGCGCCGCUACACACAAACACACACGUAGUUGCAUAACAGUGAACCAUAAAUCUGCAGAGCGCGCGCGUUGGAGGCACAAAAACUCCUUGGUCUUGGGGUCGCGGCUCAGGGCUCAUCUCACGCCACUCUUCCUGGAACCUUCGUGCGGGGCGGACCGACGCUGCUCCUGCUCCUGACCCCCAGCGAGACUGUGCGUGUGUGUGCGUGUGUGUGACGGCACGGGAUGCAGGUGUUCGGAGCGGUGCAGGCGACGGUGCUUCUGCUGUGCUACGGCUCGAGUGUCAGCCAGCGCCAGGGGUCACUGCUCAGGCCCAUCAAUGAACGCACUUCGCCUCCGCCUCGGCCGCCACUCAACACAGCCUCCAGACCGUCAGAGGGCAUGGCGAGGCCUCUCCUACAACCACUCAACACCCACUCACGACCCAGUAUAGGCGGUGGUAAUGGCGGUGGCGGUGGGAAUGGCGGCUACACUCCUGUAAACGCCAACACACACACGGGCAGCAUCAGUGGCAGCAGUAAUGGUGGCGUUAGUAGCAGCGUUCAUAGUGGCAGCAGCAGUGGUAGUAGUGGUGGUGGCAGUGGUGGUGGGCUCAGUAACAUCGUAUUUGAGGAGAACGACAUGGGGACUAAUGGCAACGCCGCUACCAACAGACCACAAAACGGCGCCAACGCAAGACCCUCCAGAAGGCCUGCUAGCUCGCCUCUCAGACCAGUGAAUUCCCCUUCAAGACCCGUCAACUCAGAUUCCGAGCCCAUCAACUCAGUGUCUGGACCGUUUAACUCACCCCUCAGACCCUUCAACUCUCCCACCAGACCAGAGAACAGUCCCCCGAGCACUAAUUCACAUUCUCAAUCCAACAACUUCUUCAGACCAACAUUCUCGCCAUCCAGACCAUCGAAUACCGCUUCUAGACCCUCCAACCCACCCUCCAGACCUUUAACGUUCCCUUCCAGCCCCUCCAACACUCCCUCAAGACCAUCUAGCUUAGUCUCCAGACCCACGAAUGGAAACUCUUCGCUCAAACCCGCAAGUUCAACAAAACCCACAACCACACCGCCAAAGGAAACCACAACUACACGACCUCGACCAGCCAGACAAACCCCGAAGCCCACCACCCGUCCUUUCCGCCCCACCAGCCCCCCGUCACGCCCCGCCCCCGGUCUGGCUCCGCCCUUCCUACUGACGGCUCCCACUCGACCCCCCGUGACCUCCCCCGCCAAGGAAGUGACCAUUAACCUGAACUUGGGCGGGUUUGGUGGCUUUGGCGGGAACAAGGACAAGACCUCCAACGUGGCGCGCCAACCUGCGGACAAACAGGACAAGAAUGACGCAGUCAGCGGCAGGCCCGGGCCCCUGCUGUUCCUCCUGAUGCCCCUCUUGCUGAUGACCGCGGUGGCGUCCUGCUGUUGCUGAUGGCGAUGAUGAUGACUGCUGGGCGAGGGACACGACCAGGGCAAAUACUACUACUACUACUACUACUACUACUACUACCACUACCACUACUACUACUACUACUACUAUAUGUACUACUACUAUUACUGCUACGACUACAACUACUACGGCAACUACUACUACGGCUAUUCAUUCACUCUAAUGUCCUCGUUCUAUGAUGUGAUCAUGUGCCUGUGUGUGUGUGUUUGUGUGUGUGUGUGUGUGCGUGUGUGUGUGUGUGUGUGUGUGUGUGUGUGUGUGUGUGUGUGUACUAGCAUGAAGCAUAUCUCUAUAUUACUACUCAUGAUUGUAUUCUAGUCUGUAAAUAUUUUAAGAUACAAUGAGCUCACCGUAGUAUUAAUUUUAUGUGUAUUUAUUCGUAUUGUAUUAUAGUGAGGAGAGAGAGAGAGAGAGAGAGAGAGAGAGAGAAUGUUCUAAAAUGAUUUAUUCGAAGUGUAACCAAAACGUUUCGGUAUCCCGUUGAAAAGGAUGAAUUCUUCUGCCUGUAAAUAGUUUGGUCCUUGAUCCAGCUGUGCGUCGGUGUAUAGCUCUGGAAAAGGCAAGAGGGAAAGUUAGGGGCAUACGCUAAAGCUGCGCGUGUCCUCUGUGCUCUUCUCCGUCACAGUGGCCCGUAAGGUAUGUUCAUUUUCCUCACUACACAAAAAGAUGAAAUGAAGGGCAGGGCAGGCAGAAUGUUAGUCGUGUAUGAUCCAUGAGUUGAGGAAUUUGCCGAAAAAGGAUCUCCGUCACUGUGGCCCCGUAAGGUAGCAAUGUUCAUCUUCCUCACUGCACAAAGAAACGACACGGAUUGGUGGGACAGGCAGAGUGUUAGUAGUUUAUGAUCAAUGAGUUGAGGAAAUUGCCGUAAAAUGAUCUCUGUCACAGUAGCCCGUAAGGUAGCAAUGUUCUCCUUCCGCACUGCACAAAAAGAUGACGUGGGUUGGUGAGACUGGCAAAAUAUUAGUCGUUUAUUAUUUAUGAGUUAACAAAUUUGCCUUAAAACAAUAUUCGUAAACGUCUAAAUUUACAUUCCAAGGAGAGGUUAUGGACUGAAGCUAAUAAAUGGAUGAUGAGUUUGGGCAAGGGUGAUGUUAAUUAGGUUAUACUUAUACAAGAGCAGCGCAAGGCGCUUAGCUCUAUGUGUUUGACUUAGAUACAUUCGAGAUUCAGUAAUUACGUAGACAGGACUUGGUUUACUAACAGAAUGGGAUGACCGGAACAGGCUUGGCAGAGUCCUAGUAUGAUAGGCACCAAGAUAACGUUAGAUAAAGUCGUGGAUAAGGAGAAUAGGUGAAGCUAGAUUUACAGGUGAUGUCCGUGGAUAGGCCGACUGACUGGAUUCUUGCAGACUACAAGGUAAAGAGAAUGGAUGGAAUCUAUUAUCUUUAUCUUGCUUAAACCCAUAUUCUCGGACACUUUCGGCUCUCACAACAACUAUUUCCAAAGGCCACAAAGGAGAUCAGUCUGGUUUUCAUGAGUGUUUUCCGCAUUCAUGGUGUAGAAGCCUUGUCACGCCUUCACUAGGCCCAUGAAACCACCCACGGCAAUACUAUAAUACAGCCUCUACGAAAGUCUUAUCAAUUUAAUGUGUGUAUAAGAAUCGAAGUGGUUGAGAAUAUGGGCCUUAUAAGUGUUUUCAUUUUCGUGGUCGCCAUCUCGCUCGUACCGUCACCACGCUGUCACCACCAACUGUAUUGUAUAUAUGAACUAUCGUAUAAAUUGACUGAAUCGUAUAUAUGAAGGAGGAACAAACCGUCUCCGUUGGUUAGGUGGGGUCACGUUAGGUAUAGUUUCCUUAGCUAGAAUUAGAUUAAAACAAGUAAAUAAAUCCAUCAACCUUUUGAGCAGCUAAAAAGGCCUGACUAGCUUUAGUUUGGUUAGAUUAGUUGUGUUUGGAUUGGUUCAGGUUAGGUUAGGCGUAGAUUAGAUCAAAUUAGGAUCAUAAAUCUAGAUGAGGUCAGGAUAGGUUAGGUUUGGAAACACACAAAGGUUGAAGAUAUACUACUUAUGAUUAAGAAUUGAAUGUACUUGUACAGUUUGCAUGAUGGCAGGACUAAUAACAGAUGAACUACCAAAGUAACAGAGUGGUAAUCCAGGUGUUGUAUGUCAGGGUAAACAGGGGGUCAGGUAAAGAGAUAAGGUUAGAGCAUUUUUCCGAAGCAGAAUGACGAAGACUAGCAUCAAAAAGCGAGGUGAAAAACAUUAGGAAAGCCUUUUUUUUCUGUUGUUGCAGUGGACUGGUAAUUGUAGUGACCCGCCUGACGCGGAAAGCCUCCCAAACUCAUUCAGCUAGGGGGUACCUCUUGGGUCGACUGGUUAAUGGUGGCUUCCCAACUUGCCAGCCGGGGUUCGAUCCCGGGUACCGGAAACCCUUUCCUGAUUUGGAUGAAUUUACCGAGUGCUUCGUGACACGGAGAGGUUGUGUGGAGAUAUGAUAAAGUGAAAUUCAGUUCGUUAUAUAGUGAUUGACUAAUGAUGAUGAAAGAGAGGUUACAUAUGUAAAAUUUACAUUGCCUUAUAUAAGAUUAGGUUAUUGACGUGUUAAAAGAAUGAGGUUAAGUAAGUACAGUUUAGAACAGGUUAGGUUAGACUAGUUCAUUGUAGAAUAGAACAAGCUAGAAUAGAGUUUAAACGUCGUGUUAAUAUUUAUCAACAGCUCUGUGGCUAGUUUGACUUUUAAGUUCCAUUUUUGGAACUGAGUUAGCAAGAAGUAUUGGGUUUUGGACAUAUUACACACUCAGUCGUAAGAAGAUUAUAUCUAAAAAAAAUCAACAAAACCAACCAACCACGCCUUGAAAACGGGUCAAAAAGGCAAAUCAGCCACAUUAUUGUUUUUUCUUUACUGUAAAGUAAAUGGCUCAAGGGAAAUAAAUAAAGAAAAAAAUACUAAAGGCCUCCCGCUGUUGAUGAAAACUAAUACGUUUAAAAAAUCAGGCGUUACUAAAGCCUGUCUUCUUAAACGUUUCGGCGCCUCAGUUCGCUUGUUUGAAAAGACUCCUGUAAGAGUUGCUGGUAUUUCCAUGGACUGUUUUGUGAUGCUGGUGACAGUUUUAUUCAACUGCUGCAUCUUGAGAGGAAAAAAAAAACACCCAUGAAAACCAGAUUAAUCAAAACUUAAAGCCCAUAUUUCCAAAGGUCUCGGCGGCUCAAUUUGCCAGUUUGAAAAGCCUCUCGUAGAAGUUGCUGGUAUUUUCAUGGACUGUUUUGUGACGCUAGUGAUAAUUUAACCAAACUGCUGCAUCUUGACCUGGGAAAAAGUCAUAAUAGGAGCCCGACACGCUUAAGAUUAUGAACUAAUUAUGAACUUUACAUUUCUGCCCGGAAUCGUGACAAAACUAUUCUCCGACUAACCAAAAACUCUUUCAUUAAUAGAAAAUGCCAAAACCUUGCUUUCUCUAACUCUUCCCGUGACUUCUGGCAUCUAGCCAAAAACAUCUCCUCCACUUCACUUCUUCAUCUUUCCCUCCACUCCUCAGUACUGAUGGCAACACUGCCGUCUCAUAUAUCUCUAAGGCUGAACUCUUCUCUCAAACUUUUUCUAAAAACUCCACUCUGGACGAUUCUGGGCAUAUUCCUCCUACUCAUCCCCCCUCUGACUCCUUUAUGCCUGUUAUAAAGCUUCUUCAAAAUGAUGUUUUCUAUGCCCUCUCUGGCCUCAAUCCUCAGAAGGCUUAUGGACCUGAUGGAGUACCUCCUAUUGUCCUUAAAAUCUGUGCCUCCGUGCUGUCACCCUGCCUGGUCAAACUCUUUCGCCACUGCCUGUCAACAUCUACCUUUCCUUCCUGCUGGAAGUAUGCCUUCAUACAGCCUGUGUCUAAGAAGGGUGACCGUUCAAAUCCCUCAAACUACCGUCCUAUAGCUUUACUUUCUUUUCUAUCUGAAGCUUUUGAAUCAAUCCUUAACCGGAAGAUUCAAAAGCACCUUUCCACUUCUGACCUUCUAUCUGAUCGCCAGUAUGGGUUCCGCAAGGGGCGUUCUACUGGUGAUCUCCUAGCCUUCUUAACUGACUCUUGGUCAUCCUCUCUUAGCCAUUUCGGUGAAACCUUUGCUAUUACGCUGGACAUAUCAAAAGCUUUUGAUAAGGUCUAGCACAAAUCUUUGCUUUCCAAACUACCCUCUUACGGUUUCUAUCCUUCUCUCUGUACCUUUAUCUCCAGUUUCCUUUCUGACCGUUCUAUUUCUGCUGUGGUAGACGGUCACUGUUCUUCCCCUAAACAUAUUAACAGUGGUGUCCCACAGGGUUCUGUCCUAUCUCCCACUCUCUUUCUGUUGUUCAUUGAUGAUCUUUUCAAAACGAGCUCUCCUAUCCAUUCCUACGCCGAUGAUUCCACUCUGCAUUACUCAACUUCUUUUAAUAGAAGACCCACCCUACAGGAACUUAACGACUCAAGGCUGGAGGCUGCAGAACGCUUAGCCUCAGACCUUACUAUUAUUUCCGAUUGGGGCAAGAGGAACCUGGUGUCCUUCAACGCCUCAAAAACACAGUUUCUCCACCUAUCCACUCGACACAAUCUUCCAAACAACUAUCCCCUAUUCUUUGACAACACCCAGCUAUCACCUUCCUCAACACUAAACAUCCUCGGUCUAUCCUUAACUCAAAAUCUCAACUGGAAACUUCAUAUCUCAUCUCUUACUAAAUCAGCUUCCACAAGGUUGGGCGUUCUGUACCGUCUCCGCCAGUUCUUCUCCCCCGCACAGUUGCUGUCCAUUUACAGGGGCCUUGUCCGCCCUCGUAUGGAGUAUGCAUCUCAUGUGUGGGGGGGGGUCCACUCACACAGCUCUCCUUGACAGAGUGGAAUCAAAGGCUCUUCGUCUCAUCAGCUCUCCUCCUCAUACUGAUAAUCUUCUACCUCUCAAAUUCCGCCGCUAUGUUGCCUCUUUAUCUUCUAUCGAUAUUUUCAUGCUGACUGCUCUUCUGAACUUGCUAACUGCAUGCCUCCCCUCCUCCCGCGGCCCCGCUGCACAAGACUUUCUACUCAUGCUCAUCCCUAUACUGUCCAAACCCCUUAUGCAAGAGUUAACCAGCAUCUUCACUCUUUCAUCCCUCACGCUGGUAAACUCUGGAACAAUCUUCCUUCAUCUGUAUUUCCUCUUGCCUAUGACUUGAACUCUUUCAAGAGGAGGGUAUCAGGACACCUCUCCUCCCGAAAUUGACCUCUGAUUUUGAACACUCCUUUAACCUCUGUUCUGGAGCAGUAAGUAGCGGGCCUUUUUUUUUUUUUCAUUACGCCCUUGAACUGUCUCCGUAGCUGUAAAAAAAAAAAAA